CCCAAUCUUCCUCCUCGCACACGCAACCCCAAAUCCGAUCCCCACCACCGCCACCAGCUCCGAUGGCGCCCAAGGCCGAGAAGAAGCCGGCGGCGAAGAAGCCGGCGGAGGAGGAGCCAGCGUCUGACCCGGCCGCGAAGGCGCCGGCCGCGAAGAAGCCCAAGGCGGGGAAGAGCCUGCCGGCGGGCAAGACCGCGGCCAAGGACGGCGUCGACAAGAAGUCCAAGAAGAAGGCCAAGAAGAGCGUGGAGACGUACAAGAUCUACAUCUACAAGGUGCUGAAGCAGGUCCACCCCGACACCGGCAUCUCGUCGAAGGCGAUGAGCAUAAUGAACAGCUUCGUCAACGACAUAUUCGAGAAGUUGGCUGGGGAGUCGGCCAAGCUCGCGAGGUACAACAAGAAGCCCACCAUCACCUCCCGGGAGAUCCAGACCUCCGUGCGCCUCGUCCUCCCCGGGGAGCUCGCCAAGCAUGCCGUGUCUGAGGGUACCAAGGCCGUCACCAAGUUCACCUCCUCCUAG